UCUGAACAUCAAGGAAGGAUUAUGCUGGAUUGUUCUCGCCUUUGAAUGCAUUAUACCUGCGCAUAAGAUACAUUCAAGGAAACUAUUGCUGUGUUUCUGCAGCGAUGGCUGACUGGGGUUUGGUGACUUACACAGUGCUGGAGGUGCUCAUUGCUGUGGCGUGUUGCCUUGGGAACGUGUUGGUGGUGUGCGCGGUAGCUGUCGGCAUCCAGGACUGCCUUCGGGAGCCGACGUUCUGCUUCUUGGUCUCUCUGGCCGCUGCUGACUUUCUGGUGGGGGCAGCCGCUGUGCCUCUAGCCGUGCUUUUGGACGGCUGGGUGAGCCUGACCUCGCACCAGUGCUUGUUCCUCAGCUGCAUCGUGCUCGUGCUGACGGAGGCCUCCGUCCUGUCGCUGCUGGCUAUUGCCAUUGACCGAUACCUGCGACUGCACAUGCCUUUCAGAUACAAAGCGAUUGUCACUCAGAGGCGCACACUGUUGGCCCUGUCAGUCUGCUGGAUACUUUCCUUUCUAUUGGGGUUCACCCCUCUGCUUGGAUGGCACAACCUCUCCGUCGCGGGCACUCAUUCCACCAACACGUCUUCCACGUUGCCCAACUCUUCCCAGUGCACUUUCCUCUCAGUUAUCUCCCUGCCCUUCAUGGUCUAUUUCAACUUCCUUGGAUGCGUCAUGGCUCCUCUGCUGGUCAUGACGUUUCUGUACAUCGUCAUCUUCUGGAGCCUGCACAAGCGUCUGAAAAACAGCUGCCCUCAAGCGCGGGCCUCGCUGCUCAGGGAGAAGAGGCUGGCCUGCUCCCUGGCUCUUGUUCUGAUGUUAUUUGCAGGCUGCUGGAUUCCCCUGCACCUGAUGAACUGCCUGCUGCUCUUCCAGGGACCUCAGGCUGUGACCCAGGGACCACUUUAUACAGGUAUUCUCCUGUCUCAUGCCAACUCAGCCGUCAACCCAGUGAUCUACGCUUGUCGCAUCCCCAAAAUCCAGAAAGCCUAUGGUCAAAUAUGGAAGCGUCUCGUCUUGAAGCUCAAUUGUUUUACCAGAAAUAAGCCAAUUCAGCAAUCUGUAGCAACCCACUAAUUAAAAGGAAUGUAAAUGUGCAUAUGUGGAAGAAGGAAAGAAGAUUUGUUUAAGGCUUGUUUGUGCUAUUUUGUCAAAAGUUUUACUGUAUUAUUAUACAACAUAAAUGAUUUCUGCUAUUAUUACAUUUAAACUUGUGCAAUGUAUAAAGUUUACAAAGCUCCCCUGAACAAACAACUCGUUUGUAAUGUAAGCUUUUAGUUAGCGCGAUUUAUCAAUGCUCCACUAGAGGGCACUAUACAUCAACAAUCUCAAUAGCUGCUGCUCAGAUAGGAUCUGUGUGUGUGAAAAAUAACUUUAGGAUGCCAUAACUUCUGUGAUUUUUUUUGGUCAACUGAUUUGGAAAGAAUGUAAUUUUAUUCAGAUGUACAUAUCUUAAAGCAUGCCACAGCUUCAGUCCAUGAAGUAAAAGCAAUCAAUAAAACAAAACGUCCAAAAAAAAA